CCAUGCUGACAGAGCGUUACAAGCAGGGGAAACUUCACGCCUACAAGCUGAUCUGCAGGAUCAUGAAGAGACGGCAAGAUGUUUCCCCGAACACAGACUUUCUCACACACUUCUACAACAUCAUGCACCAAGGACUGCUGCACCAAGACCAGGACAUCGUGAACACCAUCAUAAAGCACUGCAGUCCCAGGUUCUUCAGUAUCGGUCUACCUGGAGCCACCAUGCUGAUCCUGGACUUCAUAAUUGCGGCUUCUAGAGUCACCGCCUGCUCAUCACUCAAUGCUCCAAGAGUAGAGGCCCAGAUUCUGCUUGGAUCUCUAGUGUGUUUUCCCAACUUGUAUGGGGAGCUUCCAGCCCUCCAUCCCACCACAGCUGAUGUGGUGCUUACCAAGUUCCCUGACGUCAAGGAGCAUGUUAUCAAAACCAUCCUGACCUCUGCUAGGGACGAACCCUCUGCUCCUGCUAGGUGUGUGGCUCUGUGUAGUCUGGGUAUCUGGCUGUGCGAAGAGUUGGCUCAUGGCACUCAACAUCCACAGAUAAAAGAUGCUCUAAACGUCAUCUGUGUUACCCUGAAGUAUCCCAAUAAGAACGUGGCACUGGUGGCGUCAGACAUCCUUCAUCUCCUGAUCAGUCAUGUGGAUCAUCUUCAAAAAUUUCCCCCUGAUACUCCAAAGAAGAUUGUAGAGAUUUUGAUCGCCACCAUCACAUACUUGCUGCCCACUACCGAGUCGUCACCUCAUGAACUGGAUAAGAGGCUGGUAGUGUCCCUCCUGCUGUGUCUGUUGGACUGGGUGAUGGCUCUGCCUCCAAAGACUCUUCUACAACCUGUUCAAUCACGAAGCCCCCCAGAGAGGGACCAGCCUACAAAGACUCUGCUCAGCUGUAUUUAUAAGGUAUUGCAUGGUUGUGUGUAUGGAGCCCAGUCUUUCAACAGUCCCAAGUAUUACCCGCUGCAGCUGUCGGACCUGUUGAGUCCAGACUACGACCCAUUCCUGCCAUUAGAGAGCCUCCGAGAACCAGAACCACUGCACAGCCCGGACUCAGAACGCUCAAGCAAACUACAGCCUGUCACCGAAGUUCGUAGCCGUAUUCAGCAGGGCCUGGUUUCCAUCGCAGCCAGAACAGUUAUCACACACUUGGUCAAUCAUUUAGGACAUUAUCCAAUGUCCGGAGGGCCUGCUACUCUGUCUAGUCAGGUGUGUGAAAACCAAGACAACCCGUUCUGUGAGAGUGCAGAUCUUGGACCAGAGCUUUUCCAUUCACCAAACCUACAGUUUCUGGUUCUGAACGGCUCCACACUGCUCUCAGUGUAUCAGAUCCGAUCAGAGUCUGGUGUACCAGGAGGUGGAAUGACAGCUGGUUUGUCCUCCGCUCCUGCUUGCGUUCGUGUCAUCAUCCGAGAUGUAGCUGGAAAACACUCCUGGGAUUCUGCUGUUCUCUACGGGCCUCCACCUUGUACCCCAAGCAGCCCAGCAAACACAUUUUUGUCACACACACAAUCGCCUCACACCGCAAAUCUUCAUUUACGCACCCCACCAGGAGGUCCACCAGAAAAGAUGGGAGUGAAGAGAGAAGACAGCGAAGAGGAGGGGCAGGAGGAGAGUGAGGCAGAGGAGGGAGGAAGAGAAAUGGAGGGUGAAAGGCAAGGGUUUCAGGGAGAGGGGGAGGAGGAAGGAGAGGAGAGGAAAGUCACUGAGGAGGAGGAUGGAGAUCGAAGAACAGGUGAAGGGGAAGGGGAGGAGGAGGAGGAGGAGGAGGAGGAGGAGAAGGAGCUUAGUUUGGAUGGGGAGGGGGAUCGGGGGGAGUCAGGUUUAGAACAGCUUCUAGCUCCGCCACUGGCUAAACGUGUGUGUCGGGAGGCAGUGCCAGCAUGGGAUUUGCUGAGUGAGGGAGACGAUUCACUGGAUGAAAUGCUGCAGUACCUGGGAUACUCGAGUCCUGAGUGUCUACAAAGAGCAGGCAUGCCACUCAAUAUCCCAGCCCCUCCUCCAGCGUGUGUUUCAGAGAAGCAGGAGAAUGAUGUGAUCAAUGCCAUUCUGAAGCAGAGCACUGCUGAAAGGGAGUUCGUCCUUAAUAGAGGUGAGGAGUUGAACAUGAGGGCAGUGCAGCAGACUGAACCAGAGACUGAGACACCGCAGUCAGCCUUCUACUACUGCAGACUGCUGAUCAACAUACUAGGACUCAACUCCUGGGAGAAGAGGAGUAACUUUCAUUUGUUGAGGAAGAAUGAGAAGUUGCUGAGAGAGCUGAAGAACCUGGACUCACGGCAGUGCCGUGAGACUCAUAAAAUAGCAGUAUUUUAUGUGGCUGAGGGCCAAGAGGACAAACACUCCAUACUCACCAACACAGCGGGUAGCCAAGCUUAUGAAGACUUUGUCUCUGGACUGGGCUGGGAGGUGGAUCUCACUACUCACUGUGGCUUCAUGGGAGGUCUCCAAAGGAAUCGCAGUACAGGCCAGACUACACCUUAUUACGCCACCUCCACUACAGAGGUCAUCUACCACGUCUCCACCCGCAUGCCCCACGACCAGGACCAUAACCUCACUAAGAAGCUGAGACACCUGGGUAACGACGAGGUCCACAUUGUUUGGUCGGAACAUUCUAGAGACUACCGUCGAGGGAUCAUCCCCACUGAGUUUGGAGAUGUGCUAAUUGUCAUCUACCCCAUGAAGAACCACAUGUACUCCAUUCACAUACUCAAAAAACCAGAGGUUCCAUUCUUCGGUCCGCUGUUUGACGGGGCCAUAGUGGACAUGAAGAUUUUGCCCACCAUGGUCAGAGCCACAGCUAUCAAUGCAAGUCGAGCUCUCAAGUCCCUCAUUCCCCUUUACCAGAACUUCUAUGAGGAGCGAGCCCGAUACCUAGAAACCAUCGUGCAGCACCACCAGGAGCCAACCACAUUUGAGGAUUACGCGGCCCGAGUCUACAGUCCUGCUCCCUGCACACACCUGCCCUCUGACACAGGCUCCUGCCUAGAGAUUCUUCGGGGAGAAAGUCCGGCUCUUGGGGAGGCCGGGAGCGACUCGGCAUCCCCCAUGUCUCCUCGGACUAGCAAGAGCCGCAUGUCCAUGAAGCUGCGGCGCUCCUCUGGAUCGGCCAAUAAGACUUAAGCUCUCAACACUACAUGGGCCAUUCUGAAAAGACACUUCAUGUCUGGUCAAACAAUCAGACUUUUAAGUCUCUCUUGAGGAAAUCUGGUCUACAAUUGUACUUAAAAGAAAUCAAACAUGACACAUUAAAUUUAACUGUUAGUGGGAAAUUCACAGGUAUUAAUUUUCAACAGGAAAAUGAUAGGUGGUGUUCCCAAGAAUAAGUGUAAACAUCAGGGAGGUCAGUAAAAUUUCAUCCCAUCUCCCCCAGCAUGCUGCGGAGCUGAUUGAACACCGGCUUAUUAUGUACAUUGUACACAGUUGUACUCUCAAAAACACAUAGUAUUCUGUGGACUAUAUUAUACUGUAACUUAAUUUUGAAACUGCUCACAGCUACUGAAUAUAUCCUUAGCUUUGCUUUCCAAAAAACUACAGAAACCAGCUGAACCAGUGGAUCCUAAGCAGUGCAGUAUUAGUUCAGAAUAAUCUGUGCCAUGUUAGAAAUUGCCCAAACUCCAUAAGCAGAACCGCAAAAAGCUUGUGUGCCACAUUAUACACGGUUCUUCAUGGAGAACACAUUAAAUGAGAUAAAACUGCUGAACAAAGAGAAAACCAUGUGUUGUUGAACAUUGCUUUGGAGAAUCUGUAUAUUUGUACUAUAGUCAGUGUGUGUACAGACAGAAAUAUGAGUUUUGAUAUAAAAAGAAUGAAUCCCGAGUGAUUGCACCUGUAGUGUUGCAUGAAGAAAGCAGGAUAAAAGUCUAUUUUUGUUCUCAGUACUGCAUUAGGCCUAUAACGAUAAGGGCAGGAGUCAGUUUCUAUUCAGUCCUCAUAUAAUGUAAAUAGAAACUCAUACAUUUACUAACAAUUUUAAAAAAAGUGGAUGUGGCAACGCUCUCUAGCCAAAAAUUUCUGUGUGUGUGAAUCUAGAAGAAAAUCCCCUGCUUGAACUCAUGGGACUGAAAGCUCACCCUUUUGUGAAGCGAUGUGAGAAACAGUGUUAAAGUAAUGAUGGAGGGAUUGUUUGUCUUUCAUAAAGGAGAGGAAGGUGCUUUGUAAAAAAAUAUAAACAAGACAUACUGAUAAAAGAGGAAGCACUUGUUAUAGAAAAGUUUAGUAGUAAAGUUUAGUCUUCAUUUCUUUCUUUUUUUUUUGCUCAUGCUGUAAAACAUGAACAAGCACUGAUAUUCAUUGCAUUUACUUGACUUCUGUUUUCUUCAUUUUUGCAAAAUUGACUGUAAAAUGUGAUUUGACCUGAAGAAGAAUGUUUCUGUUUAAGUUCAGUGUCGCUUCAUCAUCUGACCACAGCUUUUCUUCCUUUUUUCUUUUGACUAAUUCUGUAUAUCUAUAUAUGUUUGAGUGUGUAUUUAUAUAUAUAUAUAUAUAUAUAUAUAUAUAUAUAUAGUAGAUAAAUUAAUAUCUAUAAGAAUGUGUACAGUGUGAGGAGGCUUGUUGUGUGUAUACUUUUAUGUGAGAAUAGCUGCCAAAGCCAAACUGUGGUUAAACUUCAGACAUAUCUGCUUAAAAUGGGUUGACACUACAAACUUUUAUGCUUCGACAUUUUCAUAACCGGUUUGCACUUAAUUCUCCAGGAAUUUGAAGGUAAUUUUGUUUAAGCUUAUGUACUCUUUUUUUUUUUUUUUUACUGUUGAUAUAUAACCAUGGUACCACAGUCAGAUUGGGGAAAUUAGAGGAAAAUAUAUAUAUAUAUAUAUAUUUUUUUUUUAUACUUUUCCUCCUUUUUUUGUUGUUUGACAUAUUACUAAAUGAGGCCCAGUGUCUCUCAAGGCAGGGUUAGUUGUGGGCUGUUAUUGGUUAUUAAUUUUCACCACCUUAGUGGGGGCAGGAGGAAGAAAAGCAAGGUGUACAAAAGACGGACACUAAAGAUACAAGGCCAAAGAAGGGGAGAGAUGUCAACUUAGUAGAUAUAAAUGGUUUUGUGCUUUGUUCAGUCUUCUUUUUUCUUUUUUUUUUACUCCGCUCUUAUAUUUAGACUCAUGCCCAGUUCCAGUUCUGGAUGGAGGGGAGACGCAUGUAAUAACAAUCCGCACAAAAUUUAACACUACCAUUGUAUGUAUUUAACGUCCUCAUUUCAGCACUCCUUAUGUCCAGUCAAUUCAAAUAAAAACUGACAAGGUUUUAUGUCACAGCCAUGGUUUUCCAGUGUUCAUCUGGAUUGAACGUUCUUCCAAUAAUUUUACAUGAUAUGGAUUUUUUCUCCCCGCGUCUCCCUAAUUUCCUUUUUCCGCAGCCUGAUCCCUGGUAAAGGAAACAUACAUAUGCAAUAGAAAAAAAUAGAUCUGAGUUUAAGGUUUUGCAUUAUGCUGAACUACUUGAAGUAAGUGUAUUCACAGCUGUAUUUUCUGUUACUGUUUUAUUUUUUUAGCCAUAGAUGCUCUGUAGAGAGGAAAGGUAUUGUAAGACUUUUUUCCUUUAUUUUGACCCAUCCAUGGGGUUGAAAUGGUUAACUUUUACAUAUUUGCCAUUGUAAAAUGAGGUCAAAUUCAUGUUUUGUCACUUUGUUUGUGAAUAUUUGAAGUCAGCUGAGAUUUGAGUUGUUCCUUUUAAAUUAUUGCUGUUACAAUAACUGUUAUUGCUGAGGUUGAAGCACCGCUGAUUGAUUGAGGCUGUAGUAGCCCCACUGCACUCUGGGACAGAUCUAUACAUGCUGUAUAUGGACUACAGCCCACCUGCCAGUCACCGGCUGUUGGCUUGGUUACAUCCUGAAAACACUUUGACAACCUGAAACUGUUUGAGGUACAGCCCAAACCCCGUCAAAGUACCUAAACCACACAGCAACACCCUGUUCACACUUCUUUAUACUCACUGGAUUAAAAUACCAGGGAGUCCACAUGAUUACUCAAGUCAUGAUGCUGCUUUUUAUGUCCCAUGGAAAACAUGGGACAUUUCAUACUUAAAAUUUGUUUUACUUAUUUAAAAUACUCCUGAGAACUCCCCUUUCUUCUACAGGUCUGCAUCAACCGCAGAAAUGUCCCUACUUACAGUGAUUCUCUGAACGUGAGGCCUGUGAUGGAUACAGGUUACUGGACAGCUGUUGUUCAGACAUUAGUUUGGAACAAAGCUGAUUUGUGUAACUGCUGACUGUACAUACUGCAUGACACCAGUUCAGUACUAACUGCAUGUGUUGAUCACGUAACAGCUGUAUCACAACACACACGUACGCUCGCUCACACACACUCCUAAAACAAUGUUACUGUCAGACCUGUAGUAUGUAAAUGUGUAAUGUCUCUUUUGGACACACAGAGAGCGUUGAUGUGCGUUGAUGGAAUGUAACAAUAAAUCAUUCGUACCACUGA